AUGAAGAGGAUACAUCUAGAUUUCGGAGAUUCGGACCCAGGACCCUCACGAGAGAAAAGAAAGAAAACAACGGAGAGAGCGAGGAGUCUGGAGGAGCAGUGGGUCCCAGAUAAGUGCUGCAGGGAGGAGAAAAGGAAAAGGGAGGAGAGCAAUAAAGGAGGAGCUGACACCGUGAGACCAGCUAAGUCUUCCAGGCUUGACCCGCUCAGUGUCUCCAGCUAUGACAUCUUCUCUAAGCUGGGAGCUGGAGGAUUUGGCAAAGUCAUGCUGGCCAAACUAAAAGGCAGGGGGCCAUAUGUGGCACUAAAAUCAAUAAGAAAAGCAGAGGAGACCAACUACAGCAACCUUGCCACUGAGGCACACGUUCUGAAAAUCUCAACGGAUUGCCGAGUCCUCUGCCAAGGCUAUGCUGCUUUUGAAACCCAGCGGCAUGCCUUCUAUGUUAUGGAGUAUCUGAGCGGGGGAAAUCUAGGAGACGAGUUGGAUAAACACGGCCGGUUCGAUAUGGACAGAGUCCGAGACCUUAAACCCCUCAACAUCCUACUGGAUCACGAUGGCCAUGCUGUGAUCUCAGACUUCGGCCUGGCUGUACAAAACAUCUUCAAGGAUGAUACCACCACUGGCCGGGUUGGAACCCUGCGAUACAUGGCCCCGGAGAUGCUACAAGGAAAACCAUAUAAUGCAGCAGUUGACUGGUGGUCAUUGGGCCACACCAUCUACGAAAUGGCCACUGCAGAUGCCCUAAUUAACAACAGCAACAUCAAGGAGCAAAUGUAUUCCAUCAUCUUGGAUGAGCCUAAAUUACCUCAUUGGCUGGAUAAAGACCUUAGACAUCUUCUGAGAAAGCUCCUUAGAAAGAAUCCAAGCCAGCGGCUCGGUGCACGAGGGGACAUCAGAUGCCACCCGUUCUUUGAGUUCAUUGACUGGGUGGUGCUGGAAAAUGAAGAAACCCAACCCCCUUACAAGCCAAAAGCACCAAAACAAAAGCUAUUCAAGCCUUAUAAAGGAAAGCCGCCGCUGUCAUAUCUGGAGCCCCAGAAGGAAGAUCCUUCAUCAGCAAAUGGAAACAUCAUUUCCAACUUCUCGUUUCUACAUUCCUCCUGGCAGGAGUAA